UUUUUUUUGUAUUAUUGAUGAUACUGUUAGAUAUCCUCUAUAUCUUUGCUAAGGAGAAAUAUUUCUGUGAAAAGUUCGUAAUAAUCACAAUUGUUACCUGACGUAACUAUUUUAACGUGCCAGAAUACAUUUUACGGUCUUCACCAUGCUUAUUUGAUUAUAUAAGGGUUUGUUGUAGUGUCGUAAAGUGUCAAAUUAACAGCCAAUGAAUGAUUUACCAAUUGUACCCAGCAAGGGCCCGUUGUAUUGAUUGAUGUACAUAGUUAGGGCCACAUACGGACUCACACAUCAGAUUACUGUUGGCCGACACGAUAGACUUAAUUAUUCACGCCUUCAUCGCCAGACAAUCAGAAAAGAAACAGUACCACAGAUGGAUACCGUAUUUACUCUGCCAUACGUGAUGUAUUCAGCAAGUUGUACUCUAUGGAUUCACAAUUUGUCUUUGCGUUCAUCUCAUUUCCGGUUGAAGGGUUUUGUCUAACAAUGAAAUAAUACUUGCACACAAGGCUUUCUUACUUCCUUGGAUGACCCAUCUUGUCUCUGUAGCAAUUGAACCUUUUUCGGUAAACUGACCUCCUCUAUGGGACUAAGAUAUAUAAGAAUCACCUAGGAUAGAUAAUAGGUGUUUGCUUUUUUUUAUCCGUUAGAAUUAUUAUGACUACAAUUUUAUAUUUACCAGCACACUAAAACACGCCGUUAUUUACGGUAAUUGAUAUCGUUACAUUGAUUAUUAUGUAGGUUUGUAUCCAGGUGGUUAAUUACGGUAAUUGGUAUAGUAAUAAAACAAAAAAAGCGUCGACAUAUCGGGCAGUAAGUCAGUAGCUCUUUACAGCCAGGGCAACCAGUGGAGAUGAGUCGCCGGCUUGCGGGCAGAAGUAUGUACUCUCGAUUCCGCUCGGCCAAAUUCAUCUUCUUCAUGUCGUUAUGUAAUGCUUUAGUUAUGCUCAUGAAUGUGGUGUAUAUGUAUAAUAGAGGGGAGAUAAUUCAAACAAAGCAGGAAAUCAUUCGCGAAGUGAUAAGAACGGUACCAUGCGAGGAAGACAACGAAAAAGAACACAAAGCGAAAGUACGUGUUAAAUAUUUUGAUGAUGAAAAACAGAGACACGAAGAAGAGGAGACGGAAAACGAACUUCCACUUUGUACAAAUGUGACUAAACCGGACGUGGAGUGCGAACUUCCAUUCUCUGAUUUUAAUUAUCCACUUGAGAUCAAUAUGACAAAGUUGGUAUAUACAUGUAAACACCAUGGGCACGUGAGCGAAACUGUCAUCACCAAAUACACUCACAUAGAGACACUCCUUCCCACAAGAAGCUGCGUGUAUGGAGGCACGAAGGGCUCACAAAGAGACGUAUUUAUGAUUUAUCUGAUCAAGAGCACGCCGACCAACUACGCCCGGCGGAACGCCAUCCGGAAGUCUUGGGCAGAUGAAUACAAGUUUCCAAAUAUCCGGCUAGUGUUUUUGAUGGGGAUUCCAGAUCGGUCGACUCUAAAUGAGAUGGUUGUUGCCGAGAGUAAAGAGUUUGGUGACAUACUACAAUUGGAUUUUAUGGAUACCUACUACAAUCUGACUUUAAAAGCUAUUGGUGGUGUAAGAUGGACUGCAAAAAAUUGUCCCGCAGCUAAAUUUGCUGUAAUGGGUGACGACGACUACUACGUAGCAACGGAUUUUAUGUUGUCUUUAUUGGAACAUGUUUAUAGUGUUCAACCUACAAAGGUUUACAUGGGCGGACUGAUACAUAGUGCCAAACCACAGCGAGAUAAGUCCGCCAAGUGGUAUAUCUCUCCAGCGGAUUACCCAUUUAACAGGUAUCCUCCCGUCAUACGGGGAGGCACAUUGGUCAUGUCCAUGGACUUUGUCAUAGACAUGAACAUUGUCAUACCAUACACAAAAACAAUACGUUUUGAUGACGUUUAUUUCGCCAUUCUUGCCUAUAAACUCGGGGUAAAACCCAUGACCGAAGACAGGUUUGCCUUCCGAAAAGUGAGGUACUCUGACGAUGAGUUCCGAACAGUUCUAAGUUCCCAUGGCUACAAGCGUCCGUUUGAACUCAAGCAUGCGUGGCGAUGUCACGAAAUAAUGCAGGAGCUGGCGCGAGAGAAUUCUACUAAGAAAACAUGUUGGUGAAACUAUAUUGACCUAUCGCUUUGGUUUGAGGCAUGUAUUACAUGUGGUUGUAUGGGUUAAUUAAGCAUGAAUAAUUAAGGAGGAGAUUAACAACAGGUAAGGCGCAUUGGAAGGUGGAAGGUCCCAGAGUUCAAUAAGUAUAUACAACCAGAAUUAUAUCGGUGGUAAAAACUUCAAUAUGGCAGGUUAACAGCUAUAGCAUCUGCGAUUUAAAAGGUUUAGUAUGUAGAUAUAUUCAAUCUACAGUUUCAUAAAGGAUUGUUGUAAAUAUUGACGGAAAAGAGAUAAUCGCAGAGCUAUAUGCUAUGAUAUUUUUUAUUUAAGAUCUUGCGCUGUAAAACAGUGUCUUCAUAACGUUUUUAGCAGAAUGAAUCAAGAUGUUAUUAUUUUUGUUUCAUUUCGCUUCUUUUUAUAAAUGUGACAAGAGCAUGCUAUAUAAUAUUCAUUUUUCAACGUUGGUCAACCCUUAAUCUAUAUAUUUCAAGUAAGACCAGUUUUGGAAAUGAUGUCCGUUUCUUUAUUAUUAUAUUAAAAAUACACCAAUCUAAUUAAGAGUAGAUGUUCAUUACCCACUCCGUAAACCCCAUAAGAGUUUACAGAGUGGGUAAUGGACAUCUAAUUCUAAUUAGAUUGAAUACAUACCAGAUACGAAUGUUAUUAUAUAAUUCGUUGGUAUUUGUGUUAUCUGACCUUUUUCCUUACGUAAUGCACUUUAUAUGUUAUACUCGUUAUUUAAAAACAUGUUAAUAACUAAUUUUGUAAUAAAACGGCUACCUGGCAACUUUCUCUGGUACAGUUUCACUUGA